UCGCGACGUUUUACUUUUGCUCAAUUAAGUUGUGAGUCCGCAUGCCACAGUCGCCAAAGCGUAAACUAUCGGAAGCCAUUGACCUCAACGAAGAUGGCAAGGAAAUGGAGAAAGGGUCAAAGAAACAACCAGACAGACCGCGCCUGGUCAGCUUGCCGACUCUGAGGCUGGCCGAAGACGAAGACGAUCCAGAGACCUCCAGUCACAAUUGCCCGCUGUGCUUGAAACUACUUUAUAAGCCUAUAAGGACCUCUUGCUCCCACACAUUCUGCCAAGCAUGUCUGUCGCGCUAUUUCACGACCAUGUUUACCCCGCGAACCCAGCAGGAUGGGACAGUGCUCAAGCCGUGUCCCAUGUGUAGGCAAUUACUGGAAAAAUCAGUGACUGAGGACAUUGAUCAAAGUAUGGAGAUUUUCCUGCAAGAGCGAUAUGGAGAUGAAUAUGUGGAGCGCGAAGAGGACGUUGCCCAGGAGGAAAUGGAACGAUUACAAAAGCAAGCGGUUUACAAGAAAUUUUACGUGGGAAAUACGCAUAGGCUAGUUGCAGAAGAUCAGUCGUCAAAUUAUCACAACUGGGGCUUUUUUCUUCGAAUGGACACUCGCCAGGAAGAAUCUCUUUACAUUGAUAACGUCGUGGUUCAUCUCCAUCGCACCUUCCACCCAUCCACCAUAACAUUAUGCGAGCCCCCUUUUGAGGUCGCACGUCGAGGAUGGGGCAUGUUCAACGUUCACGCGCGGGUUCAUCUUAGGCCACCAUACGUCCUUGGGCCAUCAUCACGAUGCUUUGCCCCAAGUCGUGGAGACGGCACGUUUUUGGACUUUGUCUGGAUGCUUGAUUUUGAGGAUGAGGGAAGUCUAGCAGAGAUUGAAGUCGAGCUGGUGUUGGAUUGGGAUCGGCAGGUCACCAGUUUAAACGGUUCACCACGCAGAGGGGAACCAGAAAGUGCAGAAGACAUUUACGAAGAUGACAAUUUACGACGAUUGAUGGUCAUACCAAUUGAUUUUGCGCAUGAAGAUGAUGAUGACGACGAUGAAGAAGAGUAUAUUCCCGGAGAUGAGGAAGAUUUUGAGGAGGAAUACGAUGAGGAUUAUAACAGUGAUGAUGAGGAGAAUGCGCCAUCGGCAAACCUUGAAUUCGGAUCAGAGAUUGACGAGGAGCAGCACCGACAUUUAGAUGAGAGGCCCUAGGGCGAGGAGCAAGACAUAAUACGGAUUUCUGUGUACUUAUAAUUUAGGAGAUUUAGCAUUAGGAUACCCUUGUAAAUAUUUCGGUCGCAAUUGUAUUCAAUUUCUUUGUCCAUGCAAAAGCGCUUCAAAACGAUCUUUGAAAAC